AGUGAGGAGUCUGUUCAGAUUCUUGGGGCUUCCUGGUCUUCAAGGACAGGGACAGAGGGACUCAAGGCUUUAUGGCUUGCCUUGGGAGAGGUAGUCCAGCUUGUGUGAAUGGCCUUGGUGAUGGCAGCUCUGGUUUCUGGGACUCAUUCCAGGGGCAGGAGAGGGUCAGGAACAUUCAGAUUUCAAGGCUGUGCAGCUCCCCCAAGUGCAUACUUUGGUCGGGUGUUGCCCCCAGUGCACAGUUCUGAGGAAUCUAGUCACACUCGGUCUAUUUUAUCCCACAGAAGACAUGUCGGAGGCAAGACUCAUGGCCAGAGACCUCAUCAAGACUGUCUUGCAUGACCAGGUCCCCCGACCUCCAGUGGCUCCUGGGGCUCCCAGCAUGAAGGAGCCCGUGGAGGAAGAAAAUAUUAGUCCUGUGAGAGACCUGGACCUUGCGGAGUGCCUGGAGGACAGAAACCAGGUGGCCCUGAGGCUGGCCUACAUCGGUGAUGAGAUGGACCUGUGUCUGCGGAGCCCCCGUCUGGCCCAGCUGCCCGGGAUUGCCAUGCACAGACUCGCUGUCACCUACAGCCAGACGGGGGUCAGGGGCGUUUUCAGGAGCCUGAUUCGUGGCCUCACCAACCUCAGGGAAAACAUUUGGUCCUGGAGAGUCCCGACUCCUGGCACCUGGGUGUUACCUGACCAGGCCCGAGGACAGCUGUUUCCCAUGGUGCUGUUGGUUCUCUUGCUGCUGGGCGGCGAGGCCCUGCGUUUGCAGCUUCAGUGAAGCCCAGCGGGGCCAGGGCCGGUCCCUGCCCCUCAACCACCCCCUAGAGGUGCCGGCACCCUAACUGUGGUGUUUUCUGACAGUCCCCCCACCCACCCCCCUUUUUUUUAAUAUUUAACUCAGGAUAGUGCUGAGAUUUCAUACAGGUUUUCUGGGUUUUUGUAAGGCAAAUGAAUUCACUCUACCUCAGGGGCAUUACUGGCUACAUGCCCCUGAGGCCUGGCUGGCCUCUCUCUUGACCCCUGCCUGCUUCCUCUCUGCAGGCUGGUCCUGUGGCCACCAGGGCAGGGGAGUGCUGGCCACACCCCUGUUUGUGAAGCCUUGAGGCACAGAAUCUACUGGACUAGAUUCC